AUUCUGCCUCAGACGGAUGUGAACGAGAAAUGUAAACAAGCAGAAGGCACGCUGGCUGGCCGACGGGAUAUGUCAAGUUUCUGGAUCCUGGAAUAAUAGCAACGGGCAAGGAUGGCACUGCUCAGACCAGUAGUAUUAUUGCAGAACCAUUACUGUUACAAGGAAUUUGGACAAAUACCAUGGAAAACAAUGAGUAGUGUUUUCAUAAAGAAAAAACUCCAUCCAUUUGCUUGCAGUGGAGUUUCAGAUCAGAUACGAUCCUUGACAACCUUGCCAAACUGUAAAAGUGUAAGAUAUGAAAAGAAACUGGUGCAAAGAUACUUAUGCAACACAGCGGCUAUUGAAAAAUCUCCAAAUGUUAAAAGCAAAUGGGAAGGUGAUGAUAAAACCCAAAUUCUCACUAGUAUGUUUGCCCAGAGAGAAAAGACAGACAAAGAAUGGGAAGAGGUGAUCCUCCUCAUGUCUCAGGGGGAGCCAGGAUUUAGCAAGGUCAGCUGUGAUGCAUUGGUGAUGAAGCGAUGUUUGCAAGCCUCUAACUAUUUUCUAGCAGCUUCAUACAUACAAUACCUGGAGAAUCAGGGUAAAGAGCCAAACUUGGCAACUCUCUCCCUCUAUCUACGUUUGUGUGGGCAGAGAGUUGUGGACUGUGGAGAAGACAAAGUACUAGAGCUCUACUAUCAACUUCUUAGGAAAGCCAAAGUACUCGAUGCGAACCUCAGUGAGAGUGUAAUUCUGGCACUAACCUCGACAAGUCAGUGGAAGCUGGCCCUCAAACACAUCGCUAACAUCAGGAGGAUGUGCAACGUUAGCACAAAGGUCUAUAGCUCAAUUAUUACAGCAACUUUUAGGAACGGAGACUAUGACACGGGCUGGCGCUACCUGGAGACUAUGUGCCAGGAAGAGAAGAUGCCUGCUGAUUCCACAUUGUUGGAGUGGAUUACCCAGUGUGAAAAGGCAGAGGGUGUUGAGGAAAAGCAAUCAAUGAUGGUGACAUUGUUAGACAAGUUGAUUCUCUAUGAGAUCUUCCCCAAAGUGCCAGUUAUUGAGAGUAUUGCUAACCUUUUUAGCAAAGGUCUGGGGUGGUCAAACUUGUAUGUGAAAAUGUCCAAAAGUGGAAAAUGCCCUGCCUGCAACCAGCAGUUACAUCAGCUCGACAUUAGUGAAGCAGAAUUUCAAGAGUUGCAGAAUGAAUAUGUGCCACGUGUUCUUCAUGGAUCAGAUAUAUUUCGUUCAAGUAGCCCUGAAGAAUGGCACAAGUUCCAGACAUUUUUAGAAGAAAGAGGGCCAUUUUCUGUCGUAGUCGAUGGCCUAAAUGUAUCAUACCUUGCAGGAAAGAAACCUCUUAGUCAGCGAUCUGUUAUGGCUGAUUCCACAUUGUUGGAGUGGAUUACCCAGUGUGAAAAGGCAGAGGGUGUUGAGGAAAAGCAAUCAAUGAUGGUGACAUUGUUAGACAAGUUGAUUCUCUAUGAGAUCUUCCCCAAAGUGCCAGUUAUUGAGAGUAUUGCUAACCUUUUUAGCAAAGGUCUGGGGUGGUCAAACUUGUAUGUGAAAAUGUCCAAAAGUGGAAAAUGCCCUGCCUGCAACCAGCAGUUACAUCAGCUCGACAUUAGUGAAGCAGAAUUUCAAGAGUUGCAGAAUGAAUAUGUGCCACGUGUUCUUCAUGGAUCAGAUAUAUUUCGUUCAAGUAGCCCUGAAGAAUGGCACAAGUUCCAGACAUUUUUAGAAGAAAGAGGGCCAUUUUCUGUCGUAGUCGAUGGCCUAAAUGUAUCAUACCUUGCAGGAAAGAAACCUCUUAGUCAGCGAUCUGUUAUGUUGAAGCAUGUUGUGGAAAAGUUAUGCACCAGAGCCAAGAAUGGUCGCAUAUUGGUCAUUGGCAGGAAACACAUGAGGGAAUGGUCUGAAGUUGAUUUUAAUGCUGUAAAAAAGAUGGCAGAUGUAUACACCCUUGAUAACCUGACCAAGGAUGAUGGCUUCUUCAUAUAUGCGGCACUUCGAUCUGGUCAAGGGACAAAGAUUGUGUCAAGUGACAUGUUGCGUGAUCAUCUGUACCGCCUGGGAGAUGGAUCCCUGAGAGAGACCUUUAGACGUUGGCAAAGACAACAUCAAGUUUUAGCUGUCCCAUCUGUUGGUGGUGUUCAGCUUAUUGAACCUGCAUCCUUCAGCACAACAGCUCAGAACCAGGGAACAACAAAUUGGCAUAUACCUUAUGAUGAUGGAUCACCACGUGCAUCCUAUCAGCUUCCUAAGACUUGGUUAUGUACACGAGCAAAUCCACAUGCCAGCAGUAAGGAUCCACACUCUGUUAUUUGGGGGAGGACAGUCCAAAGUGUUCCCUUUACAGAAACGGACACAGACAGGGUGGACUAUGUAGCUAAUAAAAACUUUAGGCAACUCUCCAAAGCUCCAAGGGAUAAUAUUGGAGGGAAAUAUAAUAGCAGAAAGGAACCUCAAACAGCACAUGUAUCCAGAGCAAGAAAUGUGCAGUCUUCUAAAAUAUAUAACUACUCUAAGAAGAGCAAUACAAAAGUUGUUAAAAAAUUAGUUGUCUCUGAUUUAUUUAAAGAAUGAAAAAAAAAAAAAUAUCACAA